AUGACACAGGGAGUAGUGGCGAGAGGUGGCGGUACACAACAGCCGAGAGGUCGUGGAGGUCCCAUCUCUCAGCGGGACGUGAGAUUUGGAGGCAGAGGAGGCGCGCGAGUCACAGUUCAGGCACAUCACAGCGAGGCUGGGGGACCAAUCGACAGACUAGAUCAGACAGAUGACACUACCGUGGCCACAGAACUGAUAGCAGGUAUCUUCAAUAUUUCUGGGUGCUUUGCUUACGUACUGAUUGAUACUGGAUGCAGUCACUCAGUAUCAUCUAAAGCUUGGGUCAAAAGAUGUGGGCUGGCGACAAUAGAGAGUGGAAAAACAAUGUUGAUCGGAACCUUUGAAUUCUUCAUUCAGGAAUUGAGGUGUUCAUACCUUAAGAUACAGAUUGCAGGACGAGAGCUAAGAGUAGACCCAAUAGUUGCAAAAGCAGGACGAUAUGAUGCUGGGCUUGGAAUGGUUGACUAUGCAUCAUGCCACGAUUGA